CAAUAUCCCUAAUUUGGCGCCCUUUAUGCCACCCGUUACAUUACAUAUUUACAUCAGCCGAAGUCCACGCACUUUCUCCCGUUUCCCGCGAAAAUCUCAACGGUCGAAAACCAAGCCCUAAACCAGAAGCCUUCCUUCCCUCUCACACCUCAACCUCCUCCCCUUCUGCAAUUCUCUUUCUUCAUCGAAUCAUCAUCAUGAUUAUCUUGUUUUUUCAGCCUUACAUAUCUUGUUUUUUCAGCCUUACUUUUUUUUUUUUUUUUUUGUAUAAUUAAUCUGACCCACUUUUCUAUCUCUCUCUACACUCUCUCUAAGCGGAAUCCGAUUAAUCCAUCGGAAUCCGCCAUGGAAGAUGAAUAGCAUAUUCACGAAGCCGUCGUCCCAAUUCCGCCCCAGCUGGCGACCAUCUUCGCAGCCCCAAUCUAUAUCCUCUAUCUUUCAAUGGCGAUACCAAAUCCUCGACCCCAACGAAGACAUCGUCACCAAAUGGAACUACACCUUCCUCAUUGCCUCCCUCAUCGCUCUCUUCAUAGACCCUCUCUACUUCUUCCUCCCAUAUGUAGGCGGAACAGCUUGCAUGACCACUCACACCGGUCUCAGUGUCGGCAUCACUUUUCUCCGAACCCUAACAGAUCUCUUUUACCUGCUCCACAUGAUCAUCAAGUUUCGCACCGCCUUCGUCGCCCCCAGUUCUAAAGUUUUUGGCAAGGGCGAGCUCGUCAUGAAUCCCCGUGAGAUCGCCAUCCGCUACUUGAAAUCGGAUUUCAUCAUCGAUCUGGCUGCUACCCUUCCUUUGCCUCAGAUUGUCAUUUGGGUUGUAAUACCAGCAACUAAAGAUUCCAGCUCUGAUCAUACCAACAACACUCUUGCUCUUAUUGUUCUCAUUCAAUAUGUCCCUAGAUUAUUUCUCAUUUUCCCUCUAAAUCAGCAGAUUGUUAAGUCUACUGGUGUUGUUGCUAAGACCGCUUGGGCUGGAGCUGCAUACAAUCUCCUUCUCUACAUGCUGGCCAGUCAUGUGCUAGGAGCUUCAUGGUAUCUCUCAUCUAUAGCACGGCAGCACUCUUGCUGGAGAAUGGAGUGUGCAAAGGAGAAGACAAAGAACCCCCCCUGCAUUCUGAGUUUUCUGGAUUGCAGCAGUUUGACACAAAGUAAACGGGAAAAUUGGCUGAAGUCCACAAAAGUAGUUGAGCACUGUGAUGCCAAAAAUGGUGAUACUUUUAAGUUUGGAAUGUUUGCAGAUGCUUUUACUAGCGAAGUUGCUUCAUCUCAUUUCAUUGAGAAGUAUCUUUAUUGCCUUUGGUGGGGUUUAAGAAAUUUAAGUUCAUAUGGACAGAAUAUAAAUACAAGCACUUAUCUUGGAGAGACAGUAUUUUGCAUUUGCAUAUGCAUUGUGGGUUUGAUUCUAUUCGCACAGUUGAUAGGCCAGAUGCAGAAAUAUUUGCAAUCUAUGUCGUUGAGAAUUGAACAAUGGAGGAUCAAGCGAAGAGACACCGAGGAAUGGAUGAAGCACCGUCAAUUACCUCUGGAAUUGCAAGAACGUGUUCGGCGUUUUGUUCAAUAUAAGUGGUUCGCCACAAGAGGAGUUGAUGAAGAAUCUAUUUUGCAGUCCUUACCCUUGGAUCUCCGUCGUGAAAUUCAAAGGCAUCUAUGUCUAAAGCUUGUUCGCCGUGUCCCAUUCUUCUCACAAAUGGAUGAACAGCUUCUUGAUGCCAUAUGUGAACGCCUUGUCUCAUCCUUGAGUACACAAGGCACCUACAUUGUUCGAGAAGGUGAUCCAGUAAAUGAGAUGCUGUUUAUUAUUAGGGGACAACUGGAAAGUUCCACAACCAAUGGAGGAAGGUCUGGAUUCUUCAAUUCCAUUAUCCUCGAACCUGGUGACUUCUGUGGCGAGGAAUUACUGACAUGGGCCUUGAUGCCUAAUUCAAGUCUAAACCUGCCUUCUUCAACUCGAACUGUCAGAACGCUUUCUGAAGUUGAAGGUUUCGCCCUUCAAGCUGAAGACCUCAAAUUUUUUGCGAAUCAGUUUAAGCGUCUGCACAGCAAGAAGCUCCAGCAUGCAUUCAGGUACUAUUCUCACCAGUGGAGGACAUGGGGUGCUUGCUUUAUUCAAGCUGCAUGGAGAAGGUACAGAAAGAGAAAGCUGGUAAAGGAGUUGGCUCUACACGAGCAUCCCUACAUGCCAAUCUCUGAUGGGGAAAGUGACUACAGUGAUGAGGCAACUGAUGGAAAUUACUAUGAUGGGAGUGGUGAGAGUUCAUCGAUGGAUAAUGCAACUCGUUUUCAGCAUCUUGGAGCUACAAUUUUGGCUUCAAAGUUCGCUGCAAAUACAAGAAGAGGGUUAAAGCAGAAGUUUCACGGGGCUGAUGCUGGUUCUUCCAGCCUAAAGUUGCCCAAGUUCUUUAAGCCGGAUGAGCCCGAUUUCUCUGUAGAAGGAGAAGAUGUUUAAUUUGUACAGGAGAUAAACAAUCAGAAAAAAAGGAAGAAAGGAGGCUAAUGAAGGUGAGUUGGGACCUAAUGAGAGGUGAGUGGGUCUCUCCUUGUAUGAAAGUUUAUGUAAAUUUACUAGUAGAGUAAAAAAUGAUAAUCAAUGUGAAUUCUUUUAU